AUGGACCCCUCAUCUAGCGGACUGGCGCCUAUGCCACGGCCUCAUCGGCUCUCUGUAUCGACCCAAAACUCGGAAUCCAAUGCUCCUACUGGAACUGCUGGAACCUUUUAUCAAAAUAUGGCCAUUCCACUGGAAUAUCCUGUUACUUCUAUGAGUAUAUCACCUAGCGGGCGUGACAUUGUACUAGCCGCAAAACGAGGACUGUAUAUUAUAGACUUGGAAAAUCCACAGGAUGAGUCAUCUACACGCUUCAUCCAGCACUUGACGCGUUGGGAGGUUGCGGACGUACAAUGGAAUCAACAUCCUUCGCGUUCGGCUUGGGUCGCCUCAACUUCAAACCAAAAGGCUCUAGUAUGGAAUGUCUCACUACCAGACUCUGACUCGAAUCGUUCUGUCGAGUACAUUCUUGGCGGACACGAGAGAGCUGUUUCAGACUUGAAUUGGUCCCCACAUCAAGCUGAAAUGCUAGCAACUUGCUCUUAUGACUCGUUUGUUCACUUAUGGGAUCUCAGGGGUCCUGUGGAUAAACCAGCAAUGAGUUUCCCGGCUUGGACGGCUGGUGCUACUCAAGUCAAGUUCUCGAGAAAGAGUGAUGUGCUGUUAGCUAGUUCUCAUGAUGCUGAUCUCAGAAUAUGGGAUAUUCGACGAGGAUCAUCACCAGUCUCGCUGAUACGAGUUGGACUAUCCAAAAUAUAUGGUAUUGAUUGGAGUAGGACAAGUGAUACUGAAAUUGCUACUUGCUCUCAAGACUCUCGUGUUCAGUUCUGGGACGUCAACAGAAAAACCUGCUCAGGCGUCAUUGAUACUGGAUCUCCUGUUUGGAGAGCUCGUUACACGCCAUUUGGACACGGAAUUCUAACAAUGCCACAACGUAAAGACAAUUCAUUGACUCUUUGGAGUCGUGAUACUUUACAGCCGAUACAUCGAUUCACAGGUCAUAUGGAUGUACCUCGUGAAUUCGUAUGGAGAAUCAAGGGUGGAACUAGUGGAUUUAUUGGAGGUGGCGAUAUUCCUGCUGAUGGUGAUGAUCGUGAAUUCCAACUUGUUACAUGGGCUAAAGAUCAGUAUUUGAGAUUGUGGACUGUAGAUAUGGAUUUCAUGAAGGGUGUCGGACAUCAACCAUCACAUCGAGUAUCAUCUCUAGCCAAGAUAGAUCAUCAACCAGCCCAACUAUCUAUAUCAGAAACCGUCCAUAGUCCUGAACCAUUUCAAUCAAGGGACAAGACACCGCCCACUUCUCCUUCUCGUAGAAUAGAACCAUCAACACCGUUCGAAGAUGCCCCCAAGUCAUGGGAAGAAGAAAUGAGAGCUAUACGGAAGAAAUUUCCAGGAGUCACUUUUGAUGGUGUUGAUUUUGUUGGUAGAGUUUGCACUAUGACGAUUCAACGUGCUAAAGAAAUGGGUGGUUUGAUACGAGUCGAUAUCAGAUAUCCAAUGGGAUAUCCUGGUCAAAUUGGUGUUGCUCCUUCAUUUGAAGUGCAAAAGACUGCUAUGAUGUCUAUGGCUGAUAGGACUCGGACAUUUGAGGCUCUAGCAGACAUCGCUGAACAAACGGCUACAACUGGAUCGCUAUCUCUGAAUUCUUGUGUCAAGUACCUCCUGUACGAAGAUACUUCAGCAAGAGCAACUCCAAUGGCCUCACCGACAAAACCCACCGCAAAGACUCAAGCCCUCGAUACAGUAAACGAAGCAAAAGUAGUAAGUGUCUCACCUCCUCCUGUGGGAAAGACACCUUCUAGAGACCGAACAGAGAGUCGUACUUUAGAUGUAUCUUCUACGACACCACUUCAACCAUCGGCAUCAGAUGGGCUUAAUGUACCAUAUCCAUGUUUAUGUGGUGUGCGAUUCUCUCCAAGUGGUCGUCUGGUAACAUUCCAUUCGCCGGUCCCUCAUCCAUCAAUGACACGAUUUUCCCACACUUCAACAACUCCUUCGUCUGUUACAUCAUCAGGAAAUCCGAAUUCUGGCCAGCCACAACCACAGAACUAUGCUACCUAUGAACGAUUCCGUGCAUUCCUGUUAGAAGGAGGUCAUGGACCUCUUGGUCCUCAUGCAACAUCGGCUCUGGGAGCAAUUGCCACCAAUCUCGCUACAUUUUUACGGACACCUCGACCUGUAACUUCUGAAGACUUUGAAGAUGAUGAAGAUGUAAAGAGAGGAUUUGAUACGAAUAAGUCAUCUACUGCCCCAACAACACCAACCCCAGCCAACCUGCUGACACGUCUAUCUAUAACGAAAACGUAUUCACCUGUGUCGAAUCGACCAAGAAUGCCAUCAUUUGGCCAAACCUUUAGUAACGGAGACACGACACCAUCUUUCGCUACAGCUUUCCAUGCAAGGCAUAGACGAACAGGAACUGUCUCUUCAUCACCAUCAGAUACAUCCGAUAUACCAUUAACUCGUGUACCUACGGAAGAAGCUAAACGGUUACAGCAAGGCAGUUCGACAACCUAUACAAACCAUAAUUCACCUCAUCGUCGCAACACUAGUAAUUCAGGAAUGGGAAGUGUUAUAUUUAGUGAUGGUGAUGACAUGACAAGCGACAUGAUGACUGAUUCUAUUAUAUGGUCUCGUGGUGCGCUCGUCAUUGUCAAGGAUGUACGUGGGAUUCUACCCGUCAGUGAAGAAUUAGCGAGGGUGUAUACUCUAGCUGAUGACGAUCCAGUCACCGUAUGUGGACAAAAUUGUCAGGCUGCGACGAUUUUCAAUCGUCCAGAUAUAGCUAAACUAUGGGGUCUAGUAGGACUAUUACUUGCUCGAUCAGCGCCGUAUUAUUAUGAUUUGCGAAUAGCCAAGAAUAAGAAACGUAACAUUUGGUUGUCGUUAUUUCAGAGUGCUGCCACAGCUGCUGGUGUACCGUCAUUUGAUCAUGUCAAUGUGCAUCGAGACGGUGGUGUAGCUAUGGAAGCUGAAUUUGAUGCCAAGGCGAUGGAGAUAUUGGUGUCUGAGGGCAAAUGGAGAGAUUGGAGACGCGUUGAAUGGGGAUUUCAUCCUUUUGGACAGAGGCUUAUUGAUAGCAUGUUCAAGUUUCUUGAACGUACAGGAGAUGUGCAAACAGCUGCCAUGCUAUCUUGUGUACUGAGUCAGCCAUUCAAGAAUGAGAAGACAGAAAAGGAUUUCCUUCCAAACAUUCGGCCAGUAGAACGAAGCCCUUCUCCAACAUUCUCAUCUAUUGGGAUGCCUGGUAAUGCUCCCAGCCCACCUUUAACAGUAAUGUCACCGCACUUUAUGACUUCAAUAGCAAGUGAAACAUACCCACCGCUCCAUCUAAAUCGUCAAUGGGGAGCUCUUGACGCUCGAGAAACCUCAACUUCAGGCCCAUCAACAAUCACAGCACCCUUUUUUCCUCAAGCCUACACCAACAAAUCCGAUAAUAACAGCGUUACAUCUAUACUACCACGCAGCAGACGACUAUCAGGAAUACCAACUAGCCUGCCGACACAAAUAUCAGCUCUACUCAUGGCAACUAUACGUCCCAGAUCCGUAAUGGGUGAUUCUGGUAUAACCACUUCGAACGGAUUUAUUAUAACAAAGUUUGGACUGGAUGGUGAAGAGUCACAUGGCGAAAGGAGAAAGAAUGGACAUUCGUUUCUGUUGACUGGGAACGGUGGAGGAGGUAGUAGUGGUAUUAAACGGUCGUACUUGUUGGAUGCUUCUAAACGGUAUACAUUCAAUUGUAUACGUUUAGCGUAUGCUGACAUGUUGUAUGGGUGGGGAUUGCUCGAGCAGCGUGCUGAGUUGUUGAAGUUUGUGGCGCAUUUGCCUGGAUCAUCUUUUGAAAAGCAUGAAGAUAUAGAAUACGGUCUACAAUGUGCAUUCUGUGGCUCAGAACUCUCAUCUCUUCCAUCAACACCACCAACAUUCAAACCCGCACUAUCCGCAUUCCGUCAUUCUUCCUCUACCACCUCAUACUCACCAUCACACGCACCUCAUAAGCAAUUCAACUUUGUCAAUCCUGCACCAUGUCCCUCAUGCAACCGUAAAUCGUCUGCUCCUAUAUGUGCGUACUGUCGGCUACCGUGUAAAGGACUUGUCGCGUUUUGUAUAUUGUGUGGGCAUGGAGGGCAUGCGAAACAUAUGAAGGAGUGGUUUAGUCGACAUAGCCGAGGAUGUGGAGGUGAUGGUGUUGAGUGGCAGCCGCAGCAGCAGGAUGACGAGAAUGGGGAGGUUGAGUGUCCUACUGGGUGUGGAUGCCAGUGUUUAUAUGAAGGGUAUUUGUAA